AAAAUCUUCCUUCAUCCUCCGCCAAGACUCCGUGGAAACCCCUUCUUUUUCACUCUCUGCGAUGCAAAAGCUCGCAGAAUAAAACUUACAGUGGGCGUCUCUGUCUAGAGAUUUGGGCUUUGCCCCGUUUUCACAAGAACUCCGUGGACGCACCAACGGCAGCAGUCUUAGAUCACCAUUCUUUGGUCGCCAGUGUAAUCAUCUAAUAAUACCAUCACCCGCGGCCACCUUGGACUACCAUGCGUCAAUGAUCGGUGCUUACCUGUAGCUUCCAACCCUACCAAGUCCGAGUCGCCAUAUCUCGCUGCCUAAGGACUGAAGAUGAGCACCUGUUGCUCAUCUAUCGGGUGAGCACCGAAAUGCAGACGCGUAUGGCGUUGGCCCUCCUGCGCGGCAAACUUGUUUCUCUAUUACAGAACCGCCGAACUUUGGAACAAUGCAAGCAAAUCCACUCCAUUAUGAUUGCUUCUGGCUUUUUAAAUGACAACUCGUUGCUCUGCAAGCUCAUUCACUGCACUGCAUUCUGUCUACCCGCACUCCUCUGUCCUAUACCUCCCGUCUUAUCAGCACUAUCUACGCUCCUAUCGUUCGCCUCUUCAACAAAAUGAUUGAAGCUUUCUCGUACACUCCCUACCCUCAAAUGUCCCUUCUCUGCUAUGCAAGAAUGCUUCAAAAUGGCGUACAUCCAGAUAAACACACCUUCCCUUUGCUUCUUAAGGCGUUAUCCAAGUCUAAUUUUCAAGACCCACUUCUCCUUUAUGCUCAAAUUCUUAAAUUUGGGUUGCAUUUUGAUCUUUUUGUCCGAAACGCUUUGAUGUCUGCUUUUGCUAAUUCUGGGUUUAUGGAGUGUGCAUGCCGAGUGUUUGAUGAAAGCUCGUUUCAGGACGUUGUUGCAUGGACUGCGUUGAUUGAUGGCCAUGUAAAAAAUGAUUGUCUAGGAGAGGCAUUGAAGUGUUUCGUGAAUAUGAGAUCAAUAGGCACGGUCAGAAUUGAUGGGGUAGCCAUAGUUAGCAUUCUUCGUGCGGCUGCUUUGCUGGGCGAUGAUUAUUUCGGAAGAUGGAUUCACGGAUUUUAUAUUGUUGGGGGCCGAGUUCAAUUGGAUGCUUAUAUUUGCAGCGCUCUUGUAUAUAUGUAUCUAAAGUGCGGUCGUUGUGACGACGCUCGCAGAGCGCUCGAUGAAAUGCCUCACAGAAAUGUUGUUUCUUGGACUGUACUAAUAAAUGGUUAUGUGAAAUUUAAGCGGUACAAAGAUGCGCUUCUUGUCUUCCAAGACAUGCUGUCACGUAGCAUCGUGCCUAAUCAAUUCACGCUUACAGCUGCUCUUAGUGCUUGUGCGCACACUGGGGGACUAGAGCAAGGAAGGUUAAUUCACCAAUAUCUAGACAAAAAUAAGUUAUAUAUGAAUUCAGCUUUAGGCGCAGCAUUGAUAGACAUGUAUGCAAAAUGUGGGUGCAUUGACGAGGCAUCAUUGUUAUUUGAAAAGUUGCCAGCGAAAGUAAAGGAUGUGUACACUUGGACAGCCAUAAUAAAUGGGUUGGCUGUUCAUGGGAAUGCCUUGAGGUCGCUGGAGCUAUUCUCAUGCAUGUUAAGGAGCGGAGUUCAACCAAAUGAAGUCACCUUUAUUGCUGCUCUCAGCGCAUGCUCUCAUGGAGGAUUAGUAGAUGAGGGGAAAAGGCUCUUUCAAAUGAUGAGACAUGAUUAUAAUAUGGAGCCUAGCAUGGACCAUUAUGGUUGCAUGGUUGAUCUACUAGGGCGAGCAGGAUACUUAGAAGAUGCAAAGCGAAUGAUUGAUGAGAUGCCAAUGAAGCCAAACGCUGGGGUAGUGGGGGCUUUAUUUGGUGCCUGCAUGAUUCACAAAUUUUGAGUUGGGUGAACAUGUAGGAAACAAUAUUUGAUCAAUCUGCAUCCAAAUCAUGGUGGUGCUUAUGCACUCCUGGCAAACUUUUACUCGAUGUCUCAAAAAUGGGAAGCAGUUGCGCAGGUAAGAAAGCUCAUGAAAGGAAAAGGAGUAGAGAAAACUUCAGGAUGUAGUUGGAUACAAGUGAAUGGUUUAAUUCACGAGUUUAAGGCCUUCGACCAUUCACACGAGGAGUCUUCUAGUGUUUGUUCGAUCUUGGAGAAUGUAUUAUUGCAAUUAAAACUAGCUGGUCAUGCUUAUAGGAUUGAAGAUUCUCAUUUAUUUAUUCAACAUUGAUGAAGGCUGACAGAUUGAAGUCAUUGAGAGAGAUCUUUCAAUUAACAAUCUAUCUAAAGAUUUGGCUUUAGAUAGGGUUCAAUGGGGUCGUGCAAUCCAUGUAGCCAACCCCACCUAGUGGGAUAAGAUUUUGUUGUUAUUGUUGAUAACGGCUAACAGUUCCUGUGUUGCUUCCAUAGCACUGAAGUUGUGGCUGUACAAGUGCCCCAUCAUGAUGUUGCAAUACAAGUUGCAGAUUAUGCCUCA